CCCCGCCCCCCGCCCCAGCCCCCUCGGAUGUCGCUGCCGCCGCCGCCGCUCAGUGCGCGCAGGGCGAGAGCCGCGAGGAGACGGGGGAGCGGCGCGGCCGAGCACCAUUGAAUAAAAGCUCUGCAAGUCUGCAAUAAAAAUGGCCUCCAAUAAAACUACAUUGCACAAAAUGGGAAAGAAACAAAAUGGCAAAGGUAAAAAAGUUGAAGAGGCAGAGCCUGAAGAAUUUGUUGUGGAGAAAGUCCUGGACAGACGUGUUGUGAAUGGAAAGGUGGAAUACUACUUGAAAUGGAAAGGCUUUACAGAAAAGCUGGUAAAGAAAAAACAGAUGGUGCCAAAAGGAAAUCUUUGUCAGAUAGCGAAUCUGAUGAUAGUAAAUCAAAGAAAAAAACGUGAUUCUGUUGAUAAGCCAAGAGGGUUUGCGAGGGGUCUUGAUCCUGAGCGGAUAAUUGGGGCUACGGAUAGCAGCGGAGAGCUUAUGUUCCUCAUGAAAUGGAAAGACUCUGAUGAGGCAGAUCUGGUGCUGGCCAAAGAAGCUAACGUGAAGUGUCCUCAGAUCGUAAUCGCUUUUUAUGAAGAGCGACUAACUUGGCAUUCAUGCCCAGAAGAUGAAGCACAAUAAUUGUUUGCAUUGCUUUUUUAUAUAUAUGAAUAUUAAAACCUGAAAUUUGAUUUAUUAGCAAUGUGAGAAACAUACAUUCUAACAGGAUUCAAAUUUGAUAUUUUUUUGUAGUAGUGUGUUUUGCAUCAACAGCAAGUAAAUAAAAGCUUUCUGCAACUUGUUUCAUUUAUCAUGAGAGAGCAUUUGAUACUACUACUUCCUCCAUAUUAGGUAAAAGCUUUUAUAAAACAUUCAUAAACUUCCAUAGUUAUUACCGAAUCAUAAUGAAUGUCUAAACAAGCUCACAGAUGUUUUGUAGUCUUCUAUACUAUUGAUGUGCAUGUAUCUUCUUUACCCAAACCUAGCCCUUAAAACCUGUAGAAUCAUUCUUUUUAGUAUUUGGGAUCACUUGGUCCCAAGAAGACCAGGUGAAAACUAACUUUGUAGUAAUUUGAAUGUUAUCAGACUGUAUAUUGUUUACUUUAUUGUAAAUACUGGUGAACAGUGGUCAAUAAAAUAGUUUUAUAUUCUUCCUUUA